CCAUUAUCAAGGCUUUAAACGAAACGAAACGAAAUCUUAUUUAUUCCCUGCGGUCUGGAGACCACAGGGUAUUGGUACGCGUUUUACUUUUGAGGCAUGGAGGAGCACGUGACCUGUUUUCGGUACAUGGAGGAGCAUGUGAUCUGUAAACCGUACAUGAUUGGUUAAUUGACCUUUUCGAAAACCUGGCUAAAUACCGUUUGUCGGCGGUGUUAUUCACUGUUAUCAUUUAUGUAUGUGAGAGUAUAGAAAACGAUGAUGUUGGAGGUGUGUCGUUACAGUGAUGCAUCCAGCAUUACCUCCCUUGAUGAUCUGUCUGAACUUGAUGACAUCAUGAUGAAACAUUCCGCUCCAAACGUAGAGGUGUUCGAAUUUAAUCUCGGACGUGCACCUCUAUUAAGAUGUGUAAAAACUGAAAAAUCAUCUGCAUGUAACGAGUGUGAGACAUGUAAACUGUCUAUAAAGUUACGAGAGAUCAAACAGUGGUUUCCUCGUCUAGGAGACCAUUCAAAGAAACGUUUUAUGUUAGGACUCAUGCAAAGGACUCAUAGUGCCGAGCUCCUUAAGCAAGUUGUGACCCUGUUACAACCAGUGUUGUGUAAAGAUUUUACUUAUUCCCGCAGCAGGACAAAUCCAAGUUUAUCAACAGAUAAUCCAACCCUCAGUUCAGACAGGGCUCUUCCAGCUAAGAAAGUUGAUAAUUAUAUUAUUACAUCAUGGCAAUGGUAUGGUGAAGCUAAUUAUUGGAGCAAGGCAAACUUUGCUCUUGUCCUACUACAGAUGUGUGAUGCUCAUUUACUGCACACUAUUGGUGCUCAGGCCAAGACUUUGCUCAUUUCGGAGGAAAAAGCUGCAAGGGAGUUUGGAGAGUCUGUGUACACUGAGUGUGGCUCGAUAGCUUCCAGUAACUUUACAUACAAAACAGAUGAGCACCCUGACCUUGAACUUCUGACAACAGUCAGUCAACAGUAUGGUCAAGACCAGAACAAUCCUUUCACUGGCACAUCCCUCCCUGGUUACGACCUUGGCGAUGACAUUGAAAAUGGUGAUGGUGAUGAUGAUUUCUAUGAUGACACCAGUUCCUCGCUGGAUCCAGCGUACAUGGUUAUACCAACAUCAGCAAAAGCUUACGUUGGUGUUGCCAGGCACAGUGAUAUGAUACGACUGUUGCCAGUUCAUAUCUCAAAGAUGAUACUGAGUAUGCUUGACAAGACAUCUUUGAUGAAUGCACUAUGUGUGAGCUCAGCAUGGCGUAUACUAGUAGAAGAGGUGCAUAGAGAUGCCUACGUUAACCAACAACUCUGGGAGGAAGUCAUGCUGAUGCAGGGAGACACAAUAUUGCAGGGAAUAAAGGGCGCAUCAGCUCAGGGUGUCAAUCCAGUGUAUGCCAAAGAUAUCGAUGUGCUGGUUCCUAACACAGAUUAUCAGACAGGUCAUGUGAUCAGAAACAAUGAUACUGUGAUUAAGACAACCUUCAAGAGUGAAGUCAGUUUUGACACGGCCUUCAGUGGUGUAUCAACUAGGAAAGUCAUUAUGGAGGAGAGAAACGUGUACUGUGGUCCAUACAAUGUUCUGGUGCUGUGUGACAGUGAGGAUCACCACAGGGUGUUUCAUACUGAUGGAGGAAAACUCAUUGCAAUUGGCUCAAAAGACAGAAAGAUUCGUUUCGUAGACAACACAUCAGGUCGCGAGCACAAGAGAAUGACGAAAGGGGAAAGCAAUGAUGAUGAACUUCCAGUUAUAACUGGUCACGCUGGCUCAAUACGAUGUGUACAUAUUAUAGAGAAACAAGGCUUAGUUCUCAGUGGCAGCUACGAUACCAGUAUUAGGAUGUGGAGUGUACAUACAGGGCAUUGUUUGAAGAUUUUCCGUGGACACAGAGAUACUGUUCUAACUAUAAGAACACUUGGUGAUCUACUCAUUUCUGGCUCCAAGGAUAAAUCUUGUAAAGUCUGGGACAUGCAGACAGGAAAAUGUCAAAGGUCAUAUCGUCAUAGGUAUCCUGUAACAGCUGUUGCCAUGUCAAAAGAAACAGUAAUUUCUGGCUGUGAAAGUGGAAAAGUAAAAGUGUGGGAACUGAGAUCUGGCAACUUAAUAAAGGUAUUGAACGGACAUCACGAGGGUGUGACAGCCAUUCAGUUUGAUCGUUGGCAUAUUGUGACUGCAGGCAGGGAUGGUUACGCCCUUGUCUGGAGUGCCAUUGGUGAUCAUAAUAGAUGUCUCUCCGCUCUUAGACAUCCAAAGGAGGUGUUGUGCCUGGAGUUUAUGUAUCUACGUUGUAUCACUGGCUCAGCUGACGGACGUAUCAGGAUCUGGAAUAUUAUAACUGGACAAUGUUGUAGAAUCAUGAGGGGAAAUAGCCGAAGUGAUCCCAUUCUAGAUAUAAUUGCCAUUGACAAUAGAAUUACAAUCAACACUGCCAUAAAUUUGUUAGUAUUGAAUUUCGAGGAAGUAGAAUGGAACUACAACUUAAAUGAAGACAAAGUACCACCAUUGGUCCAGUAUUCUUCUUACUCAGAUGCUCCUGUUAGGCAACAACCAUAUCCCUACAUCAGAGCACAGAGAAUGAAGAAAGCAGGGGCUGCUAAUACUAAAAUACUGAAUAAAGAAGAGGUCAAAGAGUCCACUAAACCACCUAUACCACAGUUGUCAUUUAGAGCUCAUCAACUUCCACACAGUGCUAAAACCUUAUCUGCCAAAAGUCUUGGAAGUGCAAGAGCUAUACAACAAGUGCCUAUAGAAAGCGUGUACUCACAAAGCAGGGCUUCUAAAAGUGCCACCUGCAUCGAUCGAAAAGCAUUGUCAAUUAAAAGAGCUACUACUUUAUCUACUCAGUCUAAACCUCCUUUACCUGGCUCUUCAAAACCCCGUCCACAAACAUCAAAGUCUGCCCAAUCGGGUUACUCAGUUACAAUUAUGGAUGAUGUAGCUGAGCAAGAGUGGGAGGAGCAAGAAUGGCGGGAACCAAUCAGGCUCCAGCGUAGAAUUUCUUGGGCAUUUGAACAACCUAUAGUGCCAAAUACUAAGGACAUUUCUCUUUCAGAAACAAAAUCACUAUUACGGUCGCAGAUGAGAAUGAAAAAUGAAAGCAUUGUGCCUCCAGAUUUUAUUUAUCUAACUGUCAAUGCUAUUCAAAAUUCUAUGCAACCAUCAGAAACUAGUGCUAAUACUGAACAAAAUAUACUAGAUAGAAAAUUGGACACGCGCCUAAGGAAGAAUAGACCAUCUUCCUCACCUAGCAAGUUAGAUCCGAGAACCCGAAUUCCUGUGGAACAAAUUGACUUGUCACAAUUCCAAGACAAAGAAGAUAAUGACAGUUUGUCUGAAAUUUCAGACCAUAGAUCUAUUAAAUCUGCAAAGUCAAAAGACUCUAUUCCUGCAGCAACAGACAAAGAAAUAUAUGCUACAAAAUGUCAGGUGAAACCUUUGAAAACAUCACCAAAAGUAAGUGUACAUCCGAAACGUAUUCGUACAACUUUACCUAAAGGUAGAGUUAUCCGUCCUAUAUCUGCUUCAGUCACCAGGAAGGAGCCUUAUGUUCCAGAAAAGGGAGACGAGUCCAAGUUAGGACGACCAAUCACUGCCCCUGCUCUAAGAGUUCGACCUGAUACCGCGUCUACAUUACCAUCUCAUAUUGCUGCAUCAAUGCCUGGAGUACAUCCUCCAAGACGUAAACAACAAAACAUUUCAACUACUGGUUAUGAAGCUAACAUUGUUCCUAUGUUGAUGUACCCUGCAGAUAUGAAAGAGAAACUGGCUACAUUACUGAAAGAAAAGCGUCAGCACAGAACAGACGAGCAUUUGGAAUCAGCAAGUGAAAUGGGAUUAGGUAAAGUAAGUCACUUCAAUGAUCCAAUGAGAUCACAUGUAAAGUUUGAGCUUCGCACACACAAUCAGGAACGAGAUUAUAUAACAGAGACUGAGAAACACUAUAAAGAGAGACAAAAGCGAGAGGAGGAAAUGUUGGAAAAGAAGAAAAGAGUGUUGUGGACUGCCAAAGCUAAAGGGGGUAAAAUAUCACGUGUUAAUUCUGCACCUGUAGGUUUUAGUAAUUGAGAUCAAAAACAUUGGCUCAAGAUUGAUUUUUACUUGUCUCUACAUUGUCAUAUUUUACUAUAGAUGUGCACCUGAAGCAUCUACCACAAGGUAUACAAUAUAGCAAUAAAAUAACAUAGUGUUUAACACUGGUCAGAAUUGUGAGUACUUAAAAUUAUCCUUGCACUAGCAACAGACCUUAAUGAAAUAAUAUUGACAGGUAUGUGUUUGAAGGCAGUCUUUGUUUGUUGGUAAUAGCUGUAUAUGCAUAUUUUUUAAAGUAUAUGAGAUCGUCUAGUCCAUGGGAAAGUUUGUUUUUGUAUGAUAUUUAGAAAUAUUUUCUUGUGUAUAGAUGGUGGUCUUAAUAUAAAUGUCAGUAAUAUUUCUAUUUGACAUAUUGCUUUAACAAAAAAUUACAACAGGAAUUGUUAUUGGUUUAAAAUGUUUAUUUUUAUGAAAAUCUGUAUUUAAAUUACAAACAUGAUUUGAAUUACAUUGACCAGGUCUAAGUCGAAUUAUUACGCUUAAUGAGCCAUGGAGACUACUAUCUCUUACUGUUGAAGCCUACUCCACCAAUUACCGGUCUGUCCUUGAAUUCUAUCUACCACAAUGAGCUACAGCUGCUGGUCUAUAAUUCUAGGGCAUUAGAUGGUAUGAAAGACUAUCAUGAUGCACUUUAAAUAUUCUAAGAAAAGUCAUUGAAAAAAUGAUUUAGGACUUUCCAUCUUUUCCAUUUUGCUCUUGUAUUUGACUGGGCAAAUGACAGUGGCAUCAGAACCUAAUUAUAUUUUAUUUAAGAGCUUCCCUAGUGCUUAUUUCCCCAGAUGUUCUGCAUAGAGCAUAGAAGUUUAUCAGUGAUGCACAAUAUAUGUAGCCAAAGUUGUUUUUCUCACUUUUUACACACCACAAUUGUAUAAAGUAAUAUUUAUUAAAACAUUAUUAAUUGAUAGAGCAGUAUUGUUGUACAUGUGUAUUUAAUGUUACUCUGUUAUGAAUUAACUAUCCUACUGUGAUAUUUCUGUCAGCAUUAUAACAUUUUACAAAUAAUAUAUACUUCAUGACUGAAAUGAUGCAGCUGCUUUGUUGAUUGCCUAAUGAAGUUCAACCAAUUAAAGGGACACAACUUGUUUUUGAUUAAGUGCAAUUUUGAAUGGACGAAAUCACACAAAGUAAAUAAAUGGACACAACAUGAUUUUCAUUUUUAGCUCCCUGUGGUUAAGUUUUUGCGUGCAAGCUGGUAUCUCCAUAACUACUGAAGGGAAUGGAUUGAAACUUCACACACUUGUUCUCUGUGAUUAUCUAACAUGAUUGGCACAAGUCCCAUAACUCUGAUUUGCUUUUUUGAAUAAUUAUGCCCCUUUUUACGACUUAGAAAUUCUUGGUUAAGUUUUUGUGUGCAAGCUGGUAUCUCCAUAACUACUGAAGGGAAUGGAUUGAAACUUCACACACUUGUUCUCUGUGAUUAUCUAACAUGAUUUGCACAAGUCCCAUAACUCUGAUUUGCUUUUUUGCAUAAUUAUGCCCCUUUUUCCACUUAGAAAUUCUUGGUUAAGUUUUUGCGUGCUAGCUGGUAUCUCCAUAACCACUGAAGGGAAUGGCUUGAAACUUCACACACUUGUUCUCUGUGAUUAUCUAACAUGAUUGGCACAAGUUCAAUAACUCUGAUGUGCUUUUAUACAUAAUUAUGCCCCUUUUUCGACUUAGAAAUUCUUGGUUAAGUUUUUGCGUGCUAGCUGGUGUCUCCAUAACUACUGAAGGGAAUGGAUUGAAACUUCACACGCUUGUUCUCUGUGAUUAUCUUACAUAAUUGGAAUAAGUCCCAUAACUCUGAUUUGCUUUUUUGCAUAAUUAUGCCCCUUUUCGACUUAAAAAUUCUCGGUUAAGUUUUUGCGUGCAAGCUGGUAUCUCCAUAACUACUGAAGGGAAUGACUUGAAACUUCACACACUUGUUCUCUGUGAUUAUCUAACAUGAUUGGCUUAAGUCCAAUAACUCUGAUUUGCUUUUUUGCAUAAUUAUGCCCCUUUUUCUACUUAGAAAUUCUUGGUUAAGCAAAUAUCUCCAUAACUACUGAAGGGUUUGUGCCCUUUUUUUGAACAAUUUUAUGCAUUCAUAAUAAUAAAGGUAUAACUGGCUAUAGCUUUGUUAUUAAUAAAUGGAUUGACUCGAUAAAACAUCUUAAUAACAAGCCCUUGUACCUUUUCGGACAAUUUUAUGUAUUCAUAUAGCUAAGCAUUAUUAUACUCAAUGAAACACACUUGUGACAACUUUUCGAAUAGUCGAGCGUUACUGUCCUCCGACAGUUCUUGUUUUAUGAUGUUGUGAUGAUUUCUAGAUCAAUUUUAAAUAUGGGUCACAUGGGGUCAAAAACAAGGCCACCCAUAUAGGAAUGUGGUAAAAACUUGUUAACACUUUAAAGGCUACUGUUUUGGUGUUAAUAUCCUGGAAAUCUGUCAGAAAGGUUAUUUCGACGAUUUCUAGGUUAAGUUUGAAUAUUGGUUGCCUAGGGUCAAAAACUAGAACACACAGCCCAAAUAUAUAAAACAAUCUAGCUACUGUUUUAAUCCAAAUAUCCUGGAAAUGGGUCAGAAAGGUUGUUUUGACAAUCUAGGUUAAGUUAAAAAUUGUGUUGCCUGGGGUCAAAAACUAGGUAACACGGCCCAAAUAUAUUUUAAAAAAACCUCGUUAACACUCUAGAAGCUACUGUUUUGAUCCAAAUGUCCUGAAAAGGUUGUUUUUAUGAUUUCUAGGUAAAGUUCGAAUAUGGGUCAUCUGGUGAGCGAUAAAAGGGCCAUCAUGGCCCUCUUGUUUUUGCUGUAACUGGCUAUAGCUCUGUUAUUAAUGAAUGGAUUGACUUUAUAUUAAGACACAACAUUCUUUAGGACAAGACCUUUAUGUAUACCAAACUCGAAUUGACCACUGAAUUUUCACUGUUUUUUUGCUAUAAUUGACUGUAAUUUGGUGAUUAUUGAAUGGAUUAUCUAAAUACUUGGACAAAACAACCUUGUGGACAAGACCUUCGAGUUACAUUGACCUUGAGCUUUAAAAUAACCUUGACCGUCGAGGUCAAAUUAUUGAAUUUUGGUUAAAUUGUCAUAAUUUUGUUAUUUAUGUAUGGAUUUGAUUUAAACUGGAACAAAAGACUUGUGACUAAAAAACAUUGAUCUUUAAUUGACCUUGUCCAUCGAGGUCAAAAGAAUAUUAUUUUUUGCUAUACUAACUUUGUUAUUUUUCAAUGGAUUAACUUCAUAUUUAGAUACAGCAUAUUUUAGGUCAGGACUUUCAUGUAUAACAAACUCAAAUUGACCUUGUCUCAUGUAUGACCUUGCAAUGGAUUAUCUUCAUACUUAGACAAAACAACCUUUUGGACAAAACUUUGACCUUGUGCUUUAAAUGACAUUGACUGUCAAGAUCAAAAAUAUUAAGGUUUGGUUAAAUUGUCAAUAUGAAUAAUUAUUGUACAGAUAUUGUUUUUUUUUAUACAUUUUACUUCUAUUUUAAUGCAGAAUUCCAUGAAGUGUCAAAGAAAUCCCUGUUGUAUUUUUUUCUUUCUGUGUAUGCUAAGUCUGUGAUAAUGAAAAUUAUAUUCCACUUAUUUAUAUAAAUUGAAUGUUCAAUAAAAGAGAGAAAAAAAAUCUUAA